AAUUGUCCAUACGCGGAUGUGAACAUGGUAGUGUAGACGCUGUCGAAAACUCAGAUCCAGUUUUCACAUGCGGUGAAUACUGGAUACAAGGACCCCAGUGGACUGUUUAUGAUGACAAGGGGCAGAAGCUCUAUUCUGGUGUUUGCAGUAUUGGGUCAUGCACACCACGGGAUAACCAGUUUCGACUAGAUGAAGUGAAGCUUGAAAAUCGUAAGAUGUACACAUCCAGGCUGACGAUAAAGAACAUCACGAGGAACUCGGCUCGCACAUUAGUUUGCAGUUAUUACUCAUGCGACUUAAGAAUAAUCGGCAUUUCAUAUACGCCCUGCAACACACUUUCUAUCUAGUCCCUCCACUAUACAAGGCUGGCAGCUGCAGUGUAUCUAUUUCAAACUGGAUGGUGACCGGAAGAUGCACAUUAACGCAGAUGUUCUCUUCAGACAACAAGUACACGUGCGGAUGGACAAAUAAUAAUAACAAGAAAGAAUUUGGGAGUUUACAAAUCAUACCCAAGAACUACUCCAAAAGAAACUCAAAGAGUAACAUUGAUGGAGUUUGUUUAUUCACAAAACCAAUGCCUCUUGACGAUGGUAACUACACAUACAGUAUGAAUGUAUCGCUAAACACCAGUGCCUAUUUCGAGGAAACUUUGUACAUUGCUAAGCCGUAUCCUGUAAGACACAACCACAACUGUCCAAAUCAUGUUUUUGAGGGAUCAGAUGUAAGCUGUGAAUGUUAUUCUCACACAACUGGAAGUCCACCUGCACACAUUGAGUGGGACGGAAUUCAUAAUGCAACACUUCUGCUCAAAAGUGUAAGAAGAGAAAUGAACGAAGAACAUUUCACGUGUCGAAUGAUAUGGGGGCCAAAUGGUCUAAUAAAUUAAACCAUUGUUUUCAACCUGAAUGUAACAUCCCACGAAGAGGACAGUGUAACAGUCGAAAACACGGCGACCUAUCAAACCUCCACGGACAUGUCUCUAUCAGAUAACCGUGUUCAAGAAAUUAUUAUCGGUGGCAGUGUAGCAGCUGGCACUCUUGCUGUCGUAGGAGCUUUCAUCUUUCUUUGCAUCAAGCGACGAAACAGUAAGCGGGUUUACUUAAACUAUGCAAAGUCAGAGAAAAUAACAUUAUGAUUAUUGUAUUGAAAUACUGUAUACUGUACACACAUUCGCUUUAAUAAUAAGUAAAUAAAAAAGGUUUCUUCAAAUAACCACAGAGUAGGCAAGGAUAAGAGGGUUAUUUAUUAAUUUUGUUUUCAAUUUUUCAAUUCGUCACGUCUUCUCCUACUUGUCAUCAGCGUUUGUUUGUUUGCUUUUUUUGUUGUUGUUGUUGGUUUUUUUGGUUGUUGUUUUAAUUUUUAAAUUAGAAGUUUAUGUAUGUAUUGUGUUCCUGUGUGGAGUCUUAAUAUCGAGGUUAGAUUAGUGUAUGUCUCGGGUUGAGCUCAAGUUUGGUGAGUGUUUUCGUACACGUGUGCGAAAUUAUCUAUUGGCGCUAGGUGGAGCUCGGCCUCUCGUCACUUCAAUUAAAUUAGAGACGUAGUUUGGUUAUCUUCCGAGAGUAAAAGUGAUGAUUUAGAUUCUUGCGAUUUUUCAGUUUAAAAGCUAAAGCUAUUUACUUGACGAAAAGGUCGUUCUUACUUCUUUUGAAGAUUUGGAUAAUCGUUUCGAUAUUUUGAAAAUUGUUAAAUUAGUUAACAAAUCCGUCGCCCGUUCCGCUUUUCCUACUGCAUAUACUUUUGGAGUACCGAAAUAAGGUGAGUGCAUUUUUGUUUUGACCUACUACAAUUCACUGUUCUUUUUAAUUCUAACCGGCUACAAGUAAAAAAUAUUAUUAGUGCGUUUGCUUAAUGGUUAGAUCAUGCGACAUAAACUCAUACACAACAUAGAUCCUUCUCUUAUGACUUAACAGUAAGUAUACAGUCAGUUUCAGUAUCCGAGUCUCAUAUUUCUGGAUUGAACUAAUCACGGAUCAAAAAUAUUCAUUAAGAAAACCCAGAAAGCAAAACUUGAAUGUUCUGUACCAUGCCAACACUACACCAUGUAAGGUAAGAUAUACGAGUACAGGCAGCUUGGUAUUUAAGAACCAACUAUACGCCCAUGCAAACAACGAGGAAGGAGUGUGUGUGUGUGCAACUGUGGCUGAACGAAAAGUUGCAUUUAAGGAAAGAAAAAAAGAAGGUGUCUAAAAAGUGGUAAAAUGUAUUUCGUUUUAAAUAACUUACUAUGCACAGAGUCGUGUUUGGAAAUAAUGAAAGUGAGUCACAUCCUGUUCAUGGUUUUAGGCCUCAAUGCUAACCUAGCAGAUAGUCGAAUAUACACAAUUUAAAGAGAAAGCUAUUAAGAACCCUCGAAUGGCGUGCGUCACUUAGUCAUGUCGGCAUAUUUUACUAAACCUCUUACUGGUAUAUGAACAUACUGAGAGGAAACCAGCGGUUCAAGUGUGGUUUUUUUCUGUUCUUUUAAGUUACUGAACUAUGUUUCAUCUCCCGACUAAUUAUUUUUGGUCAGUCGGAAAUUAAUGUAACUGAUAAGAACCCAUAAAAGUCUUAUCACAAAGGCGUAAGUAACUUGUAAUGUGUAUGAACAUUUGUUAUAUGAAGACGUGUUGCAGUUAUAAAGGGAGACAACUAUAAUCAGAGAAACAGGACUCAUUAUCUACUGAUGUACUUCUGCUGCUACAACUUACAGUUGGGUUGUGCGAAUAACAUCAGUUAUAUCAAGGUAACACAUUGAUGAUUGUGCCAAACUAUUGUGCACACAUUUAUAGUAUCUGCCCCUGCUUUUAAAGAAAAGACAAAGUCUCUGAACUGCCAUUGAUAUAAUGAAGGUCUCUAAAUAGAAAUAAUUGCAAUGUUGUCUUCAAUUUUCAGACUAAGAUAAAGACUGUUGUUUGUUCAAAUGUGAUUUUUGCUGUUUCCCUACACACAUCAUUUUGUGAGGAUAUGUCUCACAUAUGCACACAUAUUUUAUUUUGUACAAAUAAACAUUUUUUGGCUUCAUACAUGCAUUGAGGAAGUCGCACUAGUGAUUCUUAUCACCCAGUGAUACAUGGUUUGUAUUAGGCAGAAUAAAACGCUUCAUAAAAAGAUAUAAACAUGUAAAAAUUGUGUUAAUAUAUAAUGAUAUUAUUAUCUAUAAUUAUCAUUUCGUCUUUUGUACUUCGAUCGUUUCCUUGAUAUUUAAAAUUGUAGUUUAUUCGUUUGUCACUAUUUUUGGUAGCAUUUAUACACUUUUUAUUUUACUUUUUGGUAAGUGACUUAAAAGUGCAAGAGAUGUAUUUACGUUUAAUGUUUAUUUUAAUUACUUUUUUAAUGCAUAAUAACUAAAUAAACUGUAAUGUAUACAUUCAUAUGAAAGCACAGUCAGAAUACAUCAGAGUAACUAAUGUUGGCCUUGGUAGAAGCAAGUUUAUGUGUAACAAAAGAUACUAUAUGAGCAUCCCAUUUGAUCCUCUACAUGCUAUCUCGACAGUGACAGCACUGCCUGCACUUGUGCAUGAGCAUUAUAAGGUAUUUAAUCAGUUCCGGAAUAUCACACACGCCUCUAGAUGGCAAUGAGAGAUUGAACAAGGAUGUAACAAGUUUUGAAGUAAGUAAUGUACAGUUGUCUUUCUGCCCGGCACUCUGCAGGCAAACUAAUCUUUGACUGUAUGUAAUAAGAUAUUUGAUGUCGCUUUGUUAUGUGUUAUUCCUGUGUGUAAUUUUAUGAGAUUUUUGUUAAGUUUCUUCUUAUAAACCAAUGGAAGUGAUGGCUGUUUGUGGAAGUUGGAUACUCUGUGUUGGUGCACUGCUUGGUUUACCGGUUUGUACAGGUCUCUACAUCCAUGAUUGUCCAUCUGGUGUUAGAGAUGUAACGGAAGACACUGAGGUUAGCUUUACCUGCGGUCAGUACACUCACCAGGUAGAAUGGUCUUCUUUUGAUGGCAGUGACUACUGGACGAUGAAGGACAUCGGUCUUUGCAGUGGCAAUGUUUGUACAUCCCUGAAUGGCUCCAUAUUUUUCUUACAAGUGAAAGCGAUUUCAGGAAAGAAAUAUGAGAGCACGCUGUGCAUCAGGAAUCUCACAAGACAUCAAGAUUUUUCUCUUCGCUGCAGUGAGGGGAACAUAGUAGCCACGUGCAAACUGCAAGUUGUAGUGCCUGUCAGCAUCGUUCCCAAGACAUGCCAAGUACAGCUGUCGGGAUGGAAGGUGUAUGGAGUGUGUACAAUUCAGUGGCUGGAUACAAAAAAAGACAUCCCGAAUUGUUUGUGGCGCGUCAGCCAUCAGUCUUCUUACCAGACUACAACAGAUGACUUAAAGGGAUUACUCAGCUCUUCGAGUUUUGUUACUGUCGAUUCUGUUCGUUACAAGAGAAGAAAUUGUUCUUUUGAGCAGGACAUGCCAGUCAUUUCGGGAGAUUAUAGCUACAGCAUAAGAGUGUCAUCACAUUCAGAUGAUCAGUUUUCAGAAUCUCUUCAUAUAGUGCGUCCAGGGCAAUCUACGCACAAUUGUACCUUUGCUGUUUAUGAGGGAUCCAGUAUGACAUGUAAGUGCAGGUCCUCUUAUGUAGGAAGUCAACCAGCAGAGUUUCUGUGGGACGAAGUGAAUAACGACACGUUACACCUUCAAAAUAUUCAGCGACAAGAGAGUGACAACACGUAUACAUGUCGGUUACGAUGGGGAACAAUGAGGCAUACAAUUGUUUACAAGUUAAAAGUAAUAACUCCUAUCAGCAUCAAUACUAACAGCUGCAGUGUACAGCUGUCAGGGUGGAUUGUGUCCGGAGUGUGUACAGUUCAGUGGCUAUCAUCAAUAAAGAAACGCUCGUGCAACUGGAUCCUAAAAACCGAGGAAAAAGAAGAAGAGAUACCUGGAGUGCAAAGUAUUGCAGGUUAUAAACCAACUGAAUCUUUCGUUUAUAUAAACUGUUCUUUUGUGCGUCAAGUGCCUGUCAUCACAGGAAAUUAUACCUAUAGCAUUGAUGUAUCUUCACACCCAGCAGACCAGUUCUCAAAGUCUCUUUAUAUAGAGAAACCAGACGAACCUCAGCACAACUGUUCAAAGAUGCUCCUUGAAGGAUCCAAUAUGAUCUGCACAUGCUUUACAUCGAAUCUUGGAAAUCCACCUGCACAGAUUGGAUGGGCUGAAUCUAGCAAGGAACAUUUUGUUAUUGAAGGUAUAAAUCGAGAAAGAAACGGUACCGUCACAACAUGUAGUCUGACAUGGGGAUCAGUCAACUAUACAACUCCAUACACAAUUCUCGUUGCUUUUGGGCCCACGGUAACUUACAUCAGCAGCAGCGAAGAAACAUCUGGCAAUGAGACCAAGACUGUGUUAGUGUGCACAGCCAGUGAUGUUUACCCUUCUGCCCUAUUUCGGUGGAACAUCGUGUGUGAAAACGAGACUCACAACGAAACCACUAACAGGUGCACGCUCCCUACAUCACCUGUAGCAGACCAGAUGACAAUCGAGUGCACGGCAAGCAACCAGAUCUUUCCACAAGUGUCAUCUACAAGUAUCUAUGUCCUCAAACCUACACAUAAUCCUUAUCAUGGAGGAGUAAUAGCUGGCAGUGUUGUGGCUGUGCUUCUUCUUGUUGUCAUUGUAGCAGUUAUCAUUCUUUUUAUCAAACGACGAAAAGCCAUGAACAAACCCGAGACACAGACCCCCACUGUCCGCUUUGCUUCCCCAUCUGGAGACAUCUACACCAUUGCAGGCACAACGACUGGUGACCACAGGGAAGAUGAGUAUGUCACAGUUCGUGAUACGACUUGCUCAAACAGCAUUCUUCAACCACAGAGUCCCGUUGUACGCUUUGCAGCGCCAUCUGGAGACCUGUACAGCAUCGCUGGCCCAGCGACUGCAAGAGAAGUUAACCAAGCAACAGAACGUAUGCAACACAAACUACCUUGUCAUCAGACUAAAAAUACCACUUACCACAACAAUCAAGGGACGGAAUCAAAAAAGAUGCCCAUAAAGCCCAAGCCAACAAGAUUGGGUGAAAAGAGUCGUCAUCUCUGGUCAAGUAAAGCAGAAUUCGAUAACAAACUCGAGACACAGAGACCAGCUGCACACUUUGCUGCGCCAUCAGGAGACCUGUACGCCAUCGCUGGCCCAGCGACUGCAGGAGGAGAUAAGCCUGUGACUGAAGCAACAAGCAACACAUCGUAUGCACCAAAGAGUAGCAACGGUCAUAAGGCUAACAUGACAAAAAAAGGAAUGGAUUCAAAAAAGAUGGCAAUCAAGCCAAAGCCAACAAGAUUCGGCAAACAGAGUCGUCAAGGUGUGCCAGUCACUGGAUACAUGAAUGUCACUGAAGUGCCGACGGAUUCUGGACUGGGUGUGCAUCAUGUUGCUCCAUGGGCUGCUAAGUCUGAAACAGGGAGCUCUGAUGCAAGGCAGGUACUGGAUACAUCAAACAUUUCUGAGGACGAAUACAAUGUUCUGCGGUUCCAAGAGGAUCACACUGGACAAGAAGACCAUCACCUUACCUAUAGUCACCUCAACAUCAAAUAAGCGAAUUCAGAUUGCUUUUGGAAAAUGAAUUUUAAAUGUCUUGUACUUGCUAUUAUAUAUUAAAAACGUGUCAUGUAAAACUCUGGAAAAGAUGUUUUUUGGGUGAAUUCUAAAAGAUCCCUUCUUCUAACAACUAAACACUAUUAGUAAACAGUUGAGUCUUACAUUAUUACAUCAUUGUUUUUGUAGCUUCUACUUUCGAGCUGUAUAAGGGAGACAAUCUUAUUAUGAUUCGUUAAUGCAGUGGUGAUGAGAAAUAUGAUGCUCAGUUUUAGGUAAGGGAUACAGAAAGUGUUCCAAAAGAAAUUAUUUUCAAAUAAAAAAAAACAUUGUAUUUGCAGUAUGUGUGUUGCGUGAGUGUGUUUUUCUUGACAUGUCCAAGUUUUAUUAAUAACAUAUAUAUAUAUAUACAUACAAAAUCAUUACUGUAUAAAAUUUGAAUAGAUAUAAUUUUAAAUAUGUGUCUAUAUGUGUAUAUAUAUGUGUAUGUG